AUGAUUCCGCUGAGCGCACCGGGUCCAAUCAACGUGGGCCCACCGACAGCGGAGAUGCUCGAGAAGAUGCGGCGGAUCCGGUUUUGCGUGAUUGGAACCUUCGUGGCGGCUGUAGGGCGAUUCUGCACCGGCGACAUUCCCAUCAACGAAGUCCUCAGCGGCUGUGUUGGGAUCUUCCUACUCAGUGACGAUCCGAAUGUGGGACCUUGCUAUGCUUGCCUGGCAAAUAGCCCCCUCGGUCAAUGCAGCCACGGGUUAACCUGCGUGAUGGCCUAUGCCUUCCUGUCUGGCAUCAAUGCCAUCUUCCUGACUCUGAAGCUCUUCGUGGGGGGCCCAUUCGUGCUCGUCUCCUUCGUUUGCCAAGGUGCUGGGGCCUACCAAGGUCUCAAGCUCCACAACUUGGUGAAUGCGAACAUGGCUGACGGACCCAUGGCCCCUCUUCAGCGAAACUUCCCAGGUCCCGGGCCACCUGAGACUCCGGGGCCCCAGCCGCCAAGCUUUCAAGCCUUCCAGGGAACGGGCAUGCGCCUAGGGGGCUGA